AUGAAUAACGAAAAAAAAAAUGAAUAUUCUAGAAGAGCACUUAAAAUAAGAAAUAAUAUAAACUCAGUUAUCAAUCGCAUGAGAAACCAUUCAAUUAUCAAUUAAUCCCAGAAUAUUCUAUAUCAUAAAAUGAUUAUUGUUUCGCAAUAGCUAUCAAUCAUGAUUUUUCAUCAUUAUUAAUAGGAUGUAAUUCAAAAAUUCAAUUAUUUAAAUUCAAUCUGGAAGGAUAAAACAAACUUAACUUUUAAGUGA